AUGGCUCUAAGACGCCCCGCUGCUGCGCUAAAGCAAGCCACGACGCCAGAAGACGACGUCGCCACGUUUGUCGUCCCAGACCUCUCCGUCAAGGACCUCCUCUCGGUCAUUCCUCAGCAUUGCUUCAAGCGAUCCGCCCUCAGGUCCUUUUCCUACGUCGUUUGGGAUUGCUUCCUACUUGGGGCCAUCUACAAGGGCACCAAGUAUGCAGAGGCUCAGCUGCUGCCCACCAUUGACUACCCUCACCCUUACUUCGAGACGGCCGCGUAUUAUGGCCUAUGGAGCCUCUACGGGUAUGCGGCCGGCCUGGUGGCUACCGGUAUCUGGGUAAUUGCCCACGAAUGUGGGCAUCAAGCGUUUUCAGAGUCAAAAUUCAUCAAUAACACGAUGGGCUGGAUCCUUCAUUCUUCACUCGGCGUUCCCUAUCAUUCCUGGCGCAUCAGCCAUGCGAAGCAUCACGCCAGCACCGGCCACAUGAACUUGGACCAAGUCUUUGUCCCCAAAACCCGUUCCGAACUCCGCCUCCCUCCUCUCGAUCCCGCCAAGGACGACCCACUCGGCAUCAAGGUUUCCGACGAGGUCAUGAAGGAAAUGUGGGAGGCCAUUGGAGACUCUCCCUUCAGUGCCGCCACGUAUGGUGCCCUCCAAUUGCUCUUCGGUUGGCCCAUGUAUCUAAUCCGCAAUGCCACUGGACAACGAUCGUAUCCUCGCUUCACAAACCACUUCCAGCCCUCAUCGGUCAUCUUUGCCCCCCACCAGCGGGACCAAAUCCUGCUUUCCGACGUUGGUGUCCUUCUCUGGAUUGCCGCAUUGGUCUAUUCGUCCAUGACAUUUGGAUUUGGAACCAUGAUGCGCGUAUACGGCGUUCCCUACCUUUGGGUCAACUCCUGGCUCGUCUUGAUCACCUUCCUCCAACAUACCGACCCCAUGCUCCCCCAUUACCGCGCGGCUGCAUUCAACUUCCAACGUGGUGCGCUUUCGACCCUUGAUCGUAGCCUUCUCGGUGGUGCCGGUCCCUUUUUCGGCUGGCUCGGUGGAUUCUUGACGCACGGCAUUUCCGAGACCCACGUUCUCCACCACGUCUGCUCAAAGAUUCCCCAUUACCAUGCCUGGGAGGCUUCCGACGCUCUUCGCAAGCGUCUUGCUAGCGCUGGCAUCCAUCUCCAGGGUGCUCCAGGAGGAUGGUCCGAGGUUGUCAAGACCAUUCGUCAAUGCAAGUUUGUCGAGGAUGAGGGAGAUGUCGUGUUCUACAAGAACGCGUACGGCAAGGCUGCAUGCAAGGCCGUCUACAACGAGCCUGUCAGCGAUUCCGGUCUCGAUAUGACCGCCGACUCGUAG